AUAACUCGGAGCACCGUCGGUAAACAUGGCGGCCAAGGCGCUUCGGCAGCGAACCAGGCGAGGCAGCCGACAAGAUGCAAACAACGUCAACCUGUCCACCGAAGCUCGGCCCCCGAAAGAGGAGAAAGGCGUCGAUGACAGUAAAGUCGCAGAGACCCGGCAAGAGUCAGUAAGUCGUGGAGGGCAGGUUUGGGCUCCUGAAGGUUCUACUGCAUUUAAAUGCCUGCUUUCCGCACGGUUCUGUGCGGCUUUGCUCAGCAACAUCUCAGACUGCGAUGAGACCUUCAACUACUGGGAGCCAAUGCACUACCUGCUUUAUGGCACAGGAAUGCAAACAUGGGAAUAUUCUCCAUUGUACGCCAUCAGGUCUUACGCAUACUUAUGGCUACACGCCCUUCCUGCUUGUUUGCAUGCCCAUGUACUACAGACAAACAAGAUGUUGGUGUUCUACUUUGUGCGAUGUGUCUUAGCAUUCUCCUGCUGUGUCUGUGAACUCUAUUUCUACAAGGCAGUUUGUAAGAAGUUUGGCUUACACGUGGGCCGCCUGAUGUUGGCAUUUCUUGUCCUUAGCACUGGAAUGUUCUGUUCGUCUGCAGCAUUCCUGCCUUCCUCUUUCUGCAUGUACACAACGCUGGUUGCCAUGACCGGGUGGUUUCAGGACUCAACGCCACUAGCUGUAAUGGGCGUGGCUGCUGGUGCCAUCAUUGGAUGGCCAUUCUCUUCUCUGGUUGGGCUUCCCAUUGCCUUCGAUCUGCUGGUGUUAAAGAGGGAGUGGAAAAGUUUUAUCACGUGGUCAGCUGUAGCUCUGCUGCUGCUGCUGGUACCCUUGGUGGCAGUGGACACUUUCUUUUAUGGCAAAAUGGUCAUUGCUCCUCUCAAUAUCCUACUGUAUAAUGUCUUCACACCGCAUGGGCCCGAUUUGUAUGGUACAGAGCCGUGGCAUUUCUACUUUGUCAAUGGACUCCUGAACUUUAACCUGGUGUUUGCUCUGGCACUGUUUUCUCUGCCUCUCACUGCUCUCAUGGAAACACUGUUACACAGGUUCAAUGUGCAGAACCUGGGUCGUCCAUACUGGUUGACUCUGUCUCCCAUGUAUUUGUGGAUGCUGGUUUUCUUCACCAGACCUCAUAAAGAAGAAAGGUUUCUCUUUCCCAUCUAUCCUCUGAUCUGCCUCAGCGGGGCUGUAGCCCUCUCCUCACUGCAAAAAUGCUACCACUUCCUUUUCCAGCGAUACCGUUUGGAACACUACACGGUCUCCUCCAACUGGUUGGCUCUUAGUGCAGUUGUUGUCUUCACGGCACUGUCACUGUCUCGCUCUGUGGCCCUCUUCAGAGCCUACCACGCCCCUCUGGACUUGUACCCAGAGUUUCACACCAUCGCCAAGGAUCCAACUCUGCACUCAGUUCCUGAAGGCCGGCCUGUUAGCGUGUGUGUGGGCAAGGAGUGGUAUCGCUUCCCCAGCAGCUUUCUUCUACCCCACAACUGGCAACUGCACUUCAUUCAGUCUGAGUUUAAGGGGCAGCUACCUCAGCCAUACGCCUCUGGUCCUCUGGCCACACAGAUCAUUCCAGCUAAUAUGAACGACCAGAACCUUGAGGAGCCAACCAGAUAUGUGGAUUUACGGCAGUGUCACUACCUGGUAGACCUAGACACUGAUGAAGAGACGCCAAAUGAGCCCCGUUAUUCAUCCAACAAAGAGGAGUGGAGCAUCAUCGCUUUUAAGCCUUUCCUUCAAGCAUCAAGGUCUUCGCCUCUCUUCAGAGCAUUUUACAUCCCAUUCAUAUCGGACCAUCACACCACCUACAGGCGCUACGUCAUCUUGAAAGCACGGCGGCAAAAGCAGCCUCGUAAACGGACCCACGGCUGACCAUUAAACCUCAACCUGGCCUCAAGAACAAAAUCCUAACACCAGAAAUCAAUCACUUCCCCUCAAAACAGCUUGUGUGUGUGUGUGUGUGUGUGUGUGUGUGUGUGUGUGUGUGUGUGUGUGUGUGUGUGUGUGUGUGUGUGUGUGUGUGUGUGUGUGUGUGUGUGUGUGUGUGUGUGUGUGUGUGUGUGUGUGUGUGUGUACCUAUGUGUGCAUGAUUUUGAGACUUAAGGUCUGCUUUAUGGGCGUGUGUGUGUGUGAGUGAGUGAGGGUGAAGACAAAACUGUGUGUACAGUACCCAGGUGUGCUUGGCAGGGAUCAGCUAGAUGUGGAUGUCAAACAUUAUUUUUUUGUUCAUCUCAUGUGUUUGUCUGUGUCUAAAUGAAUGUCUUACAGUGGAUGAAAACUACAAGAUUUUACAUGUUUUAAAUGCAGGACAGGCCAUUACUGAGGAAAAAAAGAAGUGUUUCCCUUUCAUACUUAACUUAAAAAUGUGGCCUGAAUGAAAGAAUAUUCCUGAUUAAUUCAUGUAAGAAAUCUCGUAGCGUUCACGCGUCUGCACUUGAACAGUAUCUCGUUGUGCAUUAUGUUGGGUGUGAGUGGUGAGAAUGACUGAAAGUACGGUUGCGUGAUUAACUUAACUUGAAAUAUUAAUAAAAAUAUGAUGAUAUGACCGCGAACACAA